AUGCUGGUUUGCCGGACGCGGUCAGUGGGCGAGCCGACGGUUGCAGAGCUGGCUCAACAGACCCAGCAAGACUAUCUCGGCAGUCUUGUUCAUCAACACUGUCCGCUGUCAGCAAUCCAGGGUGGGGCAGGUCUCUCUGGCUCUCCACUGUUUAACACCAUCCUCUCCAUCCAGCGCUCUGCAUCGGGUAGACCGGAGGAGACAGGAAUCACUCUCAACAGCAUUUCCAGCCACGAUCCCACAGAGUACGACCUCACGGUGAACAUCAAGCAUGACAGCUCCAGCAAGCAGAUCUUGCUCUUGCUCGGCCACUACACACACAAGAUCCCCGAAUGGCAAGCUUCCAAUGUUGCCAACACCCUCGAGGCUACGCUGUCGGCAAUGUUAAAUGGUGCUGAAGAGCGUGCCGGCGACUUGGAUAUCUUCAGCAAGUCAGACCGGACACAGGUCGCACAGUGGAACUCCGGCUACCCACAGCAUCUGGAAGAAUGUGUCGACAGCCUCUUUGCGAAGCGUGCCGCGCUGGUGCCCGACAUGGAAGCCGUCUCCGCGUGGGAUGCCACGUUCACCUACGCGGCUCUCGACCGAAUCACCAGCCGUCUAGCGACAAAACUCAGCAAUAUGGGCGUACAACCCGGAUCGUUUAUCCCAACCUGCUUCGAGAAAUCCGCCUACGCGGUUGUGGCUUUCAUGUCGAUAUUGAAAGCGCGCGCCGCCUGCGUGCACAUGGACCCGUCUCAUCCUGCGAGCCGUCAUGAGACGAUUCUUACUGACAUCCAGGCCCAGCUUGUGCUGACGUCUGAAGCGAACCACGGCCAGUUCAAAGCCUUGGGAGCUCGGUCUCUCAUCGUUGGCCCAACCCUUGUGCAGGAGCUGGAGGGACAGGCUGACGAAACUCCUGCACGAAAAGUGCAGCUGCACCGCUCGUCCUCGAGUCCAGCGUUCGUCAUAUACACGUCCGGAAGCUCUGGCACACCGAAGGGAGUGGUUCUGGAGCACGGCUCGGUGUGUACAAGCAUCGAGGCGCAUGGCUCCGCCUUGAACAUCACGACCGGGACGCGCGUACUGCAAUUCGCAGCAUUUGGUUUCGAUAUCAGCAUUCAGGAUAUCUUCACCUCCCUAACUAGAGGGGCAUGUGUAUGCAUCCCUUCGGAGCAAGAGCGAGUGAACAAUCUUGCAGCUGCCAUCCAGCGCCUCCAGGCCAACUGGGCGUGUCUCACCCCUACCGUCGCUGGUCUCCUGAGCCCCAGUGAAGCUCCGUCCCUCAAAGUCCUUACUCUAGCGGGUGAGGCUGCAACGCACAAGGUGGUCGCGGCAUGGAGCGCUGCAGGCCUAGAUGGGUUCUUCAACUGCUACGGGCCCGCGGAAUGCACCAUCUACUGCAGCUCUGCCAAAGACCUCGGCCAGGGACGGGUCGGACUGCGUCCAAUAUCGGCCAUGCUCUCUCCAGUUCUCUCUGGAUCGUGA